AUGGGAGACCCCCGGGGGGCGCAGGACGGAGUGCACAGUGCCCACGGCUCUUCCGUGGGAGCCCCGGGGCCGUCAGGCGUGCUGCAGGCAGCGUGGCCCCAGGAGCCCGUGACCUUUGAGGAUGUGGCAGUGUGCUUCACGCCAGCACAGUGGGCCAGCCUGACCCCUGUGCAGAGGGCCCUGUGCAGGGAGGUGAUGCUGGAGAACUAUGUGACCGUCGCUUCCCUGGCAUCUUCACUCCCCAAACCUAUUCUGAUCUCUCAGCUGGAGAGAGGGGAGGUACCAUGCGGCCCUGGUCCCUGGGACACGGAGAAUGGUGUCAACUCAGGUGCUGAGUCCUGGCUCCCGCGGGAAGAGCCGUUGAUAAGGCAGAAAAGCCCCGAAGAGUCGGCGUCGCGUGGACUGCCUGUCGGAGGAGGACUCUCUGCAAGUGUGUCUGAGCUCUGUGAUGGUAGACACAAGGCAGCGAGGCCGACUCCCGAUCUAAAUCCAAAUCUGAUAUUUCGAGGGGGAAUGAAGUUCUAUGAAUGUAAAGAAUGUGGGAAAAUCUUCAGAUAUAACUCAAAACUUACCCGGCAUCAGAUGAGCCACACUGGGGAAAGGCCCUUUAAGUGUAAGGAGUGCGGCAAAGCUUUCAAGUCCAGCUACGACUGUGUCGUACACGAGAAGAACCACAGUGGGGAGGGGCCCUACGAGUGCAAGGAGUGUGGCAGGGGACUGAGUUCCAACACGGCCUUGACGCAGCACCAGAGGAUCCACACGGGGGAGAAGCCCUACGUGUGUAAGGACUGUGGCAAGGCCUUCCGCAGGAGCGCCGCCUUCCUCCAGCACCAGAGGCUGCACACAGGGGAGAAGCUCUACAAAUGCAAGGAGUGCUGGAAAGCUUUUGGUUGCCGGUCACUCUUGGCUGUCCACCAGAGGGUUCACACUGGGGAGAAACCCUUCCAGUGUCAGGAGUGUGGCAAAGCUUUCACUCAGAAGGUGGCCUCCAUUCAGCAUCAGAGAGUGCACACUGGGGAGAAGCCCUACGCAUGCAAGGUGUGUGCGAAAGCCUUCAGAUGGUAUGCAAGUUUUGUUCAGCAUCAGAAAUUGCACUUGGUUGUGAAGAAGCCGCUCAAGGCUGCAGGGCCGUCCCUGGCCAGUCUCCAGCUGCCAUCUCCCGCCUUAGCUCCUGCCGCUCUCCAGGGGUCAUGCUCCGCUCCAGUUGUGGCCGUGCCUCCGCUGACCUUCCCACGAGCUGUGCUCAUUCCUGCCUCAGGGCCUUUGUUUGUGCUGCUGCCCACACCUGGAGCACCUGCUUCCUCUCCCCAAAUAGUCCGAGUCUUCCAGGCUCUGACAUCCUCUGUGAAAGCUUGUCUAAUUGUUCAGUCCCAGUCUCCUCCCUCUUGACCCUUACCUUGCCAAAUCUCCAACUUCACCUGAGUUUUUCAUUUGUAUUGUUUCCUCCUCUUCCAUGUGUUACAACUGUUUCAGCAUAAACUCCACUGAAGUCUAUGAACACUUGA